CGCGUUAACGCCUCCAUACUCUCCGCAGGGCGUUGCUUGAUUUCCAGGAAAAGCUCAAAGCAGAAGCGACGGCGUUUCGCCACCGCACCAACCCCGCCAUGGCUUCUCCUUCCGUCAGGACCACCAUGACAUCGCCGGAGCACCACCCGCCGUCGAAAGCAACGGUGAUAUUCAGCUUCGUCACCGUCAGCUUCACGGGCAUCGCGGUCCUUGCAGUUGUCAUAUUAUUCUGCCAAUACCGCGUCCGCGGCCGAGCGCCGGUCUCCGCCGCCGUGGCAGGCGGCAAUAAUCCGGAGGGUCGCCGUGCCGGCGUGGACAUCACCAAGCUGCCGGAGUUCGCGUACGCUGAGUCCGCAAGGCGUGACGGCGGCGGCGACGGGGAGCAGUGCUCGGUGUGCCUCGGCACGGUGCAGGCCGGCGAGAUGGUGCGGCGGCUGCCCCUGUGCAAGCACCUGUACCACGUGGAGUGCAUCGACAUGUGGCUGGCUUCGCACACGACGUGCCCUCUCUGCCGGGCCGACGUUGAGCCGCCGGGGGAAGACGACCAGGCGGCACCGGCGGAGCCGCAGCAGGAGCUGCCGGUGUAGCAGGGCGCCGAUCGUCAUCAUUUUGUCACUUUGUCUCCUGCUUUGGGCACGUUGGUUUGUAGCUUGCCACCUGCGUGUACAGCUUCUGGCUGACAUUCAUAUGAAACAGGAAUUUGCUGGUGCUGUGUCCUCUCGUAAA